AUGAACACACCCCACGGCCCCACGGUGCGGGAAGCAGGGAGAGUCCAUGGGGCCCACGCUUGUGGAACUGAAUUGCCCUGGACGUGCCUCACCCUCGGCAUCCUCCCCAUCCACGGCCCAUGUCCACCUGUUCCACCCAUCUGCCAAGCAGCUUAUCAGAAUAACUUCAAUGAAGUCUGGAGGUGUAAGAGAGACAACAAUUAUGUGAACGUUCAAGAUAGCUUCAACGGAGACACCCCCCUGAUCUGUGCUUGCAGGCGGGGACACCUGAAGAUAGUGGCAUUCCUUUUACGGAGAAAUGCCAAUGUGAAUGCCAAAAAUCAGAAAGAGAGAACCAGCCUCCAUUAUGCGGUGAGGAAAAGGUUCACCUUCCUUGACUAUCUCCUCAUUAUUCUCUUGAUGCCUGUGCUUCUGAUUGGCUACUUCCUGAUGAUAUCAAAGACAAAACAGAAUGAGAAUCUCGUCCGAAUGUUACUCCAUGCUGGUGCAGAUGUUAAUGCCACAGACUACGUUGGAUGCACGGCUCUUCAUUAUGCGUGUGAAAUGAAAAACCAAAGCAGUCCCUUACUUCUGGAUGCCAUGGCGAACCCUACAAUAAAGAAUAAGCGUGGUGAGAGCGCUUUGGACAUUGCGCAGAGAUUAGAAUUUCCUCAGAUUGAAGCCAUGUUACGGAAAGCGUCCUUAACCCUCCUGACAUCACAGAUGGAGCCUACACCAAGUCUAGGAUUCUGGUUGGAUCCCUGUCUUUAUCUCUGGUUCCACCAUCUGAUGCCAGACCAGGCACGCAAAUAUUUCAGCCAAUCUGGGCUGUCUGGCACCUGGCACCUGGCACCUGGCUGUAUGAUGGUGUCCUGCUGUCUCGGGCUUCUGGGCUCAGGCCACCCUGGAUUCCCAGCUUCUUCUUCCUCCUUAUCACUCUCUGUCAAAAUGCACCUCUUCCUCCGGGAAUGCACUUAG